GCGCCGCGCGCGACCGCGACCUCAAGCUCCUCAACAAGAUGCGGCCCUUCGUCAUCCUCGGCUUCUGCUGGAGUCUCUUCUCCGUGUUAUCCAUCUACAGCGAGACCGAGAAGGCCUGGGAGGCGAGCUUCGACGACUGGGGCGACUGCCUCCUCGCGCACUGGGCUCUGCCGAAAAAAGGCCAGAAGGACGCGUGCGGCGUCAGCGCCGCGUGGUGGGUCCUCUACACGCACAACGCGUCCGUCAAGCUCUGGAUCAAGCACUACCCGGCCAUGGCGAAGGUGCUGCCGUCGCCGCACCGCAAGCGCGACCCCGUCGACCGCGUGUGCUCCGCCGCGACGUCGAUGCUCGCGUCCGUCGACAGCUCGCUCGCGGACGGCUUCGUCCUCGGCGAGAUCCUGGGCUACGGCGUCGCGCCGUUCCUCGCGUUCCUCGACGCGCGGCGCGGCGCGGCCGCGGCCCGGGGCUUCCGCGAGCACCUGGGCGCGAACCGGUGCGGCCUCGCGCUCGUGCGCCGGGACCUCGCCGCGCGGGGCCUCCGGCCGCCGCCGCGCUUCGACGCGGCCGGCGACGCCGUCGCCGCGUUCCGAAACGUGUCGCGGUCGCUCCGCGUGCGGCUCCUCGUCGUCGGCGCCGCGCGCGUCCGCGGCGCGCUCGGCGCCUGCGGCGGCCUCCCGGCCGUGCCCGCGUGCGGCCGCGGCGUCUUCUUCUCCCUGCUCAACGCGACGGGCGCGCCGCUCGAGUGCCGCUGGGUCGGGCCGGCCGGCGUCGCCGUGGACCGCGGGCCCGUCGACCGCGUCGCGGCCCUGCCGCCGCCCGCGGACCCGGCGUCGCCGAUCGUGCUGCCGACGUCGCGGCGGUCCUACGGCAAGGGCGUCGCGGGCCACUUCGCGCACGCGUGCGCGCUCGGCCACGCGUUCGCCGUCGGCGGACCGGGCGGCCCCCCCGACGUCGCCUACCAGAUCCGCUGCACGGGCGACGCCGGCGCGCGCCGCGGCGGCGCCCGCGUCCACGCGGUCCGCGUCGACGCGCUCGGCGCGGGCGCGGCCGUCGCCGAGCUCCGGGGCACGCGCUUCGAGCGCGGCCUCGGCGCGCGGGCCCUCGCGGCGCUCGCCGCCGACGUCGGCGCGCCCCUCGCGUACAGCGGCUUCUUCCUCUUCGAAGCGCCGACGGCCUCGAACGCGGCGCACCUCGCGGACGGCGCCAUGCGCCUCCAGUCCCUCCGCAAGCUCGCGGACCGCGCCUGGCACGACGCGCCGGAGAAGCGGCCCUUCCCCCUGCUGUAA